UAUUUUUUUUAUCUUUCUUGCUUCCUCUCCACUUUCCUCCUAUUUUUCUCUCUCACUUUCUCUUUCUUUUUUCCCUCUUUACUACUUUUUGUGCUCAUACCCAUCUCCUUCUCGUACUCUCUUUUUUCUUUCUUGUUUGAGUGAAUUUCAAGAAGCAAAUACUACCACAUAUUAUUUUCUUUCAACCUGCCAACUGGGUUCAUUUCAUGGGUCUUCAAAUUCUCUGAGAUUAUUCAUUUUCUAGUCUCUCUUUUCUUCCACACUUUCUCAAUUCCAUUCUCAAACUCUCUCUGAAAUGGAAAAAGAAAAGCUCUUUCUCAGUGAGGAAAACACAAUGUUACCCACUUGGAAUUCUUCUUCAAGUUUUGGAAUGGAAAUCCAAUCCAAUCAUCUGAAUUGCAGCUCAGAGCAACUUCCCAAUUGCUUUUUCAACCCCAAUUGGGACAACAAUUCAAUGGAUCAAACCGACCCAUUUGAGUCCGCCCUCAGCUCCAUGGUUUCCUCUCCGGCCGCCGCCGCAAGCGGCGGCGACGGUGUUGUGCUCAGAGAACUCAUCGGCAGACUCGGAAGCAUUUGCAACUCCGGCGGCGGCGGCGGCGGCGAAAUGUCGCCGCCACCUUACAUUGGUGCCAACAACAACAAUAGUACUAACAAUUCAAGUUAUAGUACUCCUUUGAAUUCACCACCAAAGCUCAACCUCUCAAUCAUGGAUCAUCAGAUCAGAGGGAAUUUGCAGAUUCCUGGAAACAAUUUACAAAGUUCGACACCAUUUUCUACCGAUCCCGGAUUCGCGGAGAGGGCUGCAAAGUUUUCAUCUUUUGGGAGUAAAAAUUUUGGGCAAUUUGGGCAGAUUGAAUCUGAAAUGGGUCAUAGAUUGGUACCCAGAAUGGAAUUGGGCAAAAUCUCUGUGACUUCGAGUACCCACCAGUCGAUGAAAUUUGCUGGAUCUUCAAUGGGUUUGCAAGAAAACAAAGAUGGGUUGUUGCAGGAAGGGAAUUGGGGUUCUGAUAAGAAAUUCACUAGGUUAUCGAGGUCUUCGACGCCUGAAAAUGGAGAAUUUGGGGAUUCAAGAGAGGAAUCUUCGGUUUCUGAGCAGAUCCCAGGUGGGGAAAUUGGGAUUAAAGGUCAGAAUGAUGCUAAUGCUAGGAAAAGAAAAUCAAUUCCAAAGGGAAAAGGAAAGGAAACCCCAUCUUCAUCUUCACCAGUUAAAGAUUCCAAAGUUGUAUCAGGGAAUGAUGAAUCAAAUUCCAAGAGAAGCAAAGCAGAUGAGAAUGUGAAAGUUGCAGAGCAAAGUAAAGAUAGUGCUAAGCCUCCAGAGCCUCCCAAGGACUAUAUCCAUGUCAGGGCUCGAAGAGGACAAGCUACUGAUAGCCAUAGCCUUGCUGAAAGAGUCAGGAGAGAGAAAAUCAGUGAGAGAAUGAAGUUCUUGCAAGAUCUUGUGCCUGGCUGCAAUAAGGUGACCGGGAAAGCUGUCAUGCUUGAUGAAAUUAUAAAUUACGUGCAGUCCUUGCAGCGACAAGUCGAGUUCUUGUCAAUGAAAUUGGCAACUGUCAAUCCUAGAAUGGAAUUUAACAUUGAAGCUCUUUUAUCAAAGGAUAUCUUUCAAACUCGCGGAUCUAUGCCAAACAAUAUUUACCCGGUAGAGUCCACGACACCGCCAUUCCCUUAUGGAUACCAACACAGUGGUAUUCCUAAUGGAACAGAGAACCCCUUCUCACUCAACCCUUUGAAUGCUGCUCUGCGGCGAAACUUAGGCUCGCAAUUGCCUUCCAUUGAUGGAUUUGGUGAGGCUGCCUCUCAGGCUUCGACAUUUUGGGAGGACGAUCUGCAAAGUGUUGUUCAGAUGGGUUUUGGCCAGAAUCAACCUCAGAAUUUUCAUGGCUCGCUGCUCCGCCAGCACGACAACUGUCCAAAUUUGGAUGAAGGCACAGCACAGAUGAAAGUUGAGCUAUGAUCAUCUUUUAAUCAACAUUCAUUUGGGGCCACAAGUGAGAGGCUUCUUAUGUAUAUACAGAGACUUGGAUUAUGACAAAGAGAACAUCUUCUCUUUUAUUUUUAUUGUUUUUCUUCUGUAUUUUAGCAAAUCCUUUUAUGCAGCUGAUUCUUUUGGAGAAUUCUUAUGGGAAAUUCAUUGUAAACUUAUUAGGAUUAAUUGUAAGAAGUGGUGUAAACACUUUAUUAUAUAUUAAAAGGGUGUUUGAGAUGAUA